AUGGUUGGAUGCAGUUCUCGUGGGAGCACUCUUGAUUCAGCAUCGUCUUAUGGUUUACCCAAAUGUGGCUGUGGUAGAGAAAUGAAGAUGUGGGUCGCCAACAUAGUGCAAAACCCCAACCGAAAGUUCUGGAAAUGUCGAAGUGCUGGGACCGAGAAUAGCUGUGAAUUAUUCCCAUGGGAUGAUGAAAUUGGCGACUUCAACAAAGGGGAAACUGUUAUUCAUUCAUUAUGUAAGAAAUGUGAUGUACUAGAACUGCAAUUGGAAUCUUUAACAAGCAAAUUGAAGAAAUUGAAGAUGAAGUUUGAAGCUCAGAAAAGGAAUAAUAUGCAGCUUAAGAUAGCAUUUGUGUUGUGUUGUUUGGUUGUUGGUCUGUUUUACAAUUUUAUGUAA